AUGGGUCGGUCCACUAAUUUUCUGCUACUCAUUUUCUUGCUGGCUUUUGCUACAUUUGUGUCAAAUACAGAAGGCAGAAAGCUGCUGCUAAUUAGCAAUAAUAGUAAUAAUAAUAACAAAGUUUCUACGGUUUUUUUGAGCUUGGUUUUGAGUGCCCUUCCGAAGGGUAGAGUGCCAUCUUCUUCUCCGAGCAAGAAGGGUCAUGCUACCCUAGAAAAUCAAGAGCUAUUUCAAAGACAUCUAUCUAGUAUUGAUCGAAUUCUUCGAUCCGUUCCGAGCCCUGGUGUCGGUCAUUAG